CGGCAAAGAAGGGUGAUAUGGAAGAUAAAUGUUGAAGAGCGGCAAGGAAAAUGGCGAAGAGUCUGUUUAAUAAGGCUGUAGAGGACGCAGCAUUAAGUAUUUCUUUGCGUCAAGAUGGAUCCAGGAGUUUUAAAGAAUUUGAUAAGCCAGACAGGGGGCGUUCUUUUCGAGGACAACCAAGAGGCAGAAGCAGGGGCAGAGGGAGAGGAAGAGGUCGUAGUAGUAGCCACCAUAGAAGCGAUCCUCAUCCUAGGUCGCACUUAGCUGGUGAUGAUGAUGAUGACAUAGACAUGGAUGAAGGAAGCCAAAGAUCUCAUUCAAGAUACAACCCUUAUUCCAGAAGACCUCCAUCUCGUCGUGGUGACAGAGGAAGUAGUAGAGGUGAUAUAAAGUCUAGACUAGGGAGAGUCCCUGAUGGAGCCACAGGAAGUCAAGGAAAUAAGUCUGAUUGGUAUAAAGUUGUGAUACCACAGGGGAAAAAACACGACAAAGAUUGGCUUAUCAAGAGACUGCAGAAUACAUGUGAAGAGGCCUUCCAACCAGUUAGUUUCCAUUCCUUCAAGGGAGAGUCUUCAGCCUUCUUUGUUGAGGGAAGUAAAGUUGCAGAAGCAUUGAAAAGAGUUAGUCAUAAAAUAACUGUCAAGGAUGGAACAAAGCUGAUAGUAAGUGUGCGUCCUAGUGCUCCACCCCAAAACCAAACCAGUAAUUUUCCUGUUCGUGAAGUUCAUGAUGGUAGCAGCAGAGGAAGUGAUUCAUUAGACGAUGGCACAAAACAAGUAUUGAAGGAUUGUCUCAGUAAACGUUAUGAUAUUACAACAAAAGCACUUGACCUCUCUGAUUUGUUUCAUGAUGAAGUGCUGAAAUUAAAUAAUAUACAAGGAAUACUGGCAAGAUAUUGGCUGGCAUCAGGAAUUGUGAAAAUUAUUGGAGAGAACUGCCCUGAGGUUCAGUCACUUGACCUAAGUAACAAUCGACUGAAGAGCUUGGAUGGAUUUAAGGACCUUGGGAAGGAAACAUCAAACUUAAAGCACAUUAAGAUCUCCAAUAAUCAACUGAGAGCUGUAGAAGAACUGGACAAGAUAAAGUCCUUGAGUCAGCUUCAAACCAUUUCACUUGAUGGAAAUCCUCUUUGUGAUAUAUUUCAAGACAAACAAAAUUCAUAUAUCAGUGCUAUCAGAAGCAGGUUUCCUAAAAUAACCACUCUGGAUGGUCAUGAACUUCCUCCACCAAUAGGAUUUGACCUUCCUUCUGAAGAAUCUCUACCUGCUUCAAAGGAAAGUUUUUUUGGUGAUCUGGCAGUUAAAGAAAUGGUGCUAAAAUUCAUAGAGCAAUAUUUUAAGAUUUAUGACACAGACAACAGACAAGGCCUUCUUCAAGCUUACCAUGAUCAGGCAAUAUUUUCCAUGUGUGUCAAUACAGAAGCAUUAGGCAAGGAUCGCGGUGGUCAAAGGGCCCCUUCACUUGGUGAUUACUUGAAGUACAGCCGAAACUUGAAAAGAGUCGCUGACCCAGAGCGUCGAAGCAGUUUUUUGAAGCACUCAAAACUCUCUGUUGUUGCAUUUUUGAAUGAGCUGCCCAGCACAAAGCAUGAUUUGUCAAGUUUCACUGUCGAUGUUAGUCUGGCCUUGCCUUCCUGCUUGUCCUUUGCGGUCAGAGGAUUGUUCUUAGAGAACUCUAAAACAUUGAGGUCUUUUACAAGAGUAUUUAUCGCUGUUCCUGCUGCUGGUGGAAGCGCGCUGAGUAUAAUUAAUGAUGAGCUGCAUAUUAGCCACGCUUCGCCUUCUCAAGUGCAGGGUGCGGCUGUUGAAAGUACGAUUGCCACCAACAGCACUGAAACGCUACAAGUCGUUUCAGCUAUUCCUGCUUUUUCAUCAGCAACUCCACAGCAGCAGCAGAUGAUUCUCCAGUUUGCAGAGCGGUCGACAAUGAACGUUGAGUGGUCGUACAAGUGCCUGUCUCAAAAUAAUUGGAACUUCGAGAAAGCCGCAAUGGCGUUUUCUUCAUUAAAGGUACAGUCGAUUUCUGUUAAAUUUAGCCUCGCACAGAAUCAUUUCUCCUUUGAUUUCCUUCAUAUAGUUUUUUGUAAUUUUACACUCAAAAUACUCCAGCCGCAGUUAACUCGUUGGGCAUCAUCGUUACAUUUUGACCAAAAAAUAAUGAACAAAAACUGAUCAGAAAUUAUUGCGAAGAUGAGCCAAUCACAGCCGUGGAAUUCCAUCUAAUCACAGCUGAACACAAUAGUUUAUAGGUGACGCAACUCAGUUGACCUCAUCGCCAGAAGAAGACUAGCAGUAUGCAGUAGAAACGUUAUGAUCCACAUCCGAAGUGACCACAUCGUGAGACAUACGAGUGCACUCCUCUUUUAAAAGUGUUAUUCACCACGAUGACAAACCACAACUUAUUUUACGAUAUAAUUCUUUUGUAUUUUAAAUAGUGCAGAAGCCUCGUAGAUUUUAUGUUCUUCACCACAAACUACUUCUUUUCCGUUUUAGGAGAGCGGGAGGAUUCCGCUAGAAGCUUUUGUAAAAUAACUCCAGGCAAAAAAUGCAAUGCAAAAUGCAAAAUGCAAAAUUUUUAUUAAGGAAAAAAAAAAAAAGGAACAAAAACUGAUCCGAAAGUUAUUGCGAAGAUGCGCCAAUCACAGCCGUGGAAUUCCAUCUAAUCACAGCUGAGCACAACAGUUUAUAGGUGACGCGUACUUAGUCGACCUCAUCGCCAGAAGAAGACUAGCAGUAUGCAAAAGAAACGUUAUGAUCCACAUCCGAAGUGACCGCAUCGUGAGACAAACGAGUGUACUCCACUUUUAAAAGUGUUAUUUAAUUACCACGAUGACAAACCACAACUUAUUUUACGAUAGAAAUUCUAUUGUAUUUUAAAUAGUGCAGAAGCCUCGUAUAUUUUAUGUUCUUCACCACACACUAUUUCUUUUCCGUUUCAGGAUAGUGGUAGGAUUCCGCCUGAAGCUUUUGUAAAAUAACUCCAGGCAAAAUUCAAAGCUGGAUUUAGAUUUUUCAUUUCAUCCAACAGUUCCUUUUCCAACGUCCACGAUAUUGUUUACAUCUCUCUGAACUGCAUGCUUUAACUUUGUUGCAGUUGUUGUUGCUAUUUUUAAGUUAUAAAUUCGCGGUCGUUGAAUUUUCUACAGAAUAUCCUUGUAAAUAAUUUCCUCAGCAAAUCAGUAUUAGCCUAGUAAUAGCGUUCAGAACAGCGUAUUUUAUUUGUUAGCAUUUAGAAGUAGACUUUUUAGAACUUUUACGACAUCUGCAACUGAUUUUUCCAGGUAUAUAUUGUUAACCCGAGCUUCACAGGGACCAGUCACCGCUGUAUAACCUCUUGAUGUUAUUGUGAAGAAAUGUUGACAGGAUUAAAGAAUAAAUUGAUAACGAA